AAACCCACCACAUGCAGUCUGGAUGGUGAAAAAAAUGAUCAACGGGGCGAAAUGGUGACUUCUACGCCACAAGUGCCGAAUCGCUUCCAGGAGGUGGAAUCGGAUUCGCUCGAGGAAACGCUUUCGAGUGAUAUUUUGUCCGAGAUUAAUGAAGUGGAUGCACGACGGUCAAUUUCGCCAAUCAGGACGAUCAGGACUGUCAGAGGGAGCGAGAGAUUUGAUGAUGGCGAUGUUUCGACGAUUACUGCGAGGAGCCAACAUGGGGAAUAUGACGAAGUUGAUGAUGCCGAUGAUGAGCAUACAGAGAGGAUUCAUAGUGUUGACUCACCCGUCUCUGCACCCUCUGAACACGAUGAUAGACGAUAUGAACAGGACGAUGCGACACAGACUGAGAACCUGGAUAUCGAAGGAUCACCGCCAAAGACAGAAGACAAACCACCGACAUGGCGGCCGUAUACAUUUCGAAAUUUCUUCAUCGUCCCAUUCAGCAUCCUCCCUCUAGGACUCUGCCUGACAACAUUAUUACUCUUCUGGCGAUCACAAACAAACUACGGUCUAGGCAAUGAUGAUGGCUCUACCGGACUCCUUUUCGGCUGGCGAUUCAGCCCGACUUUGAUCGCAGUUAUUUACAUUCAGCUGAGUGCAAUGCUAUUCCAGGAUAUCAAGCGGACUGAGCCCUAUGCACGAAUGGCACAGCCAGAUGGAGCCACCGCAUCGGCAAGUGUUCUGCAGACAUCUGGAGCCUGGUGGAAUACGCUUCACGAUGGCUUCUCCAAGAAGAAGAACGGAAGUAAGCGUCGAAGCUGGGCGUUGAUCUGCGCAACACUUAUUAAUAUAUUUGGCUUCCUCGCCAUAUCCCCUCUGUCGUCUGCAUUCCUCACCUCUGAAGAUGUCGAGGUCCGUCGAUCAGUGGAAUUCACUCGUCUGGAACCACUGGCCAACUCUCAAAUGGCCGUUGAAGCAGAUCGCACCACUACCUUCCGAACGUUCGCCCACCUUCUCAAAAAUGUAUCGACAUCCCCAUGGAUCACGGAUGAAUAUACCAUGCUGCCAUUCUGGCCCUCCGACUCGACAAGUGAGCCACUGAAUGUCCUGCCAUCAGACCUCACACAAACAUGGAAAGUCGACACCACCGUUUUCAAAAGCGAGUUGAUUUGCAACGCGAUGACAUUCGAAGGAAUGGGCACUCAAAGCUCUACAUUUGGAAUGGGUGAAUCCGCUGAUCCUGCGACUGCAGUAGCUUGGAACUCGUCGAAUGGCUGUUCAUACGGCUUACAGAUGGCGAAUACGACACAUUUUGUUAGAUCAGGGGGAUCCAGCUGGCGUGGUGCAUCGGAUAAUGCAUUUUUGGGCUCUCUCGACAGCUCAUAUCAUACACCCCAGUGCGAGGGUCAUGAAAUCAUUAUUCUGACUGAUGCGUGGAACUCGACUGCUUAUAAGGACGCACAGCUUUGCAAGAAUUCCUACUCCAUGGCUAAUGUCACGGCUUCGGUGAAACUGACCGACAGUACGCCGCAGGUGUCAUUUGACCAAGAUGAAUACAUUCGAAACCGAGUUCCCAUUCCAGAUGCGCUAUUCAACACGACGCACCUCCAGGAUCUUGCACUUACCACAGACUGGUCAAGCUAUAUGGCGUCAUUGCUAUGGGAGGAAAAUCGCCCAGUCUUUGAUGGACUGUCGCUUCUCCUAGGAGCUAUGUAUGAUUACAACAGCACAGCACUCGUAUCCGAUCCAGACGUUGUUUCCAACGCAGCAAAGGUCAAACAAAGACUGCUUGGAGAGAUACUGCAAUCAGCCCUUGCCAAUCAGGAUGGCCAACGCACGCCUACAAAGGGUAGGAUUUAUAGUGUGGAACGACGAGUUGUGGUAGUGGCUGGUCCUGCUAUUGCAUUGGGCAUCCUAUUCUUUAUCUCCUUCUGUCUUGUUCUUGUUGUUUGGUGGUCAUCACGACUCCAACGAAGGCCGCUGAAAUUGAGCCACGACCCGGCUACUGUUCUGACUAUGGGGUCACUCGUUGCACAUGACAGAGAUGUCAGAGCAUCAUUUGACGGCCUAGAUCAGUCGUCCAACAAGGAACUCGAGACAGCACUGAAACAACGGCAUUACUAUACCGAGCCAGACAGACUCUUUGAAAGAAAUGCGAACAGACUGAAUCCUGAGAAUACCGAAACAGUCUCGAGAAAUCUAACGACUAAUCCAAAACAGAAAAUAAACAAUACUCCCCUCAUACUCCGGCUACCACUUCUGCUCACAUUGAUCAUCUGUCUCAUUGCGGUCGUUGUUGGAAUUGCCGUGCUCUAUCAUUACGCCCGGGAUUCAAAUCUAUACCAUAAAGCAUUUGUCUAUCAAGCCAGCGUCACAAUCUUCCACAAGUCACUGCCUACCGUGGCCCCAUUCUCUAUGAUCCCGACCAUCAUUGCAGUCGGCAUUGGCCUUUGGUGGAGUGCACUUGACGACUCAUUCCGUCGACUACAACCAUUUAUUGCUAUGGCCAAGGGACGACCUUCGUUAUCCGAGGGUGUGGGCCUUUCUUAUCAGUCAUCUUACUGGAUAUGGGGACCUGCAAAGGCCGCUAUGAAUACACACUGGCUAUUGUUUCUUGUCACAUCAGGGACAGCCCUUUCUCCUAUCUUCACCACUGCCAUGUCUGGUCUCUUCCAACGCAACGCUGGUGACAUCACACAAUCCAUCACUCUUCCCCGCGACAUUGAGAUUCGCCAAAUCCCCUACAUGUUUACAGCGACACAGUCAAGCGAUUUCAGGAACAUUGGAGAAUAUUCACUCCAAGUCAUGCGGGAGGUUGGGAGAAACCUUUCUGCAAACUACAUGUUCACGGCUCCUCUCCAGCUGGUAUUGAAUUCGUCUGAACCUCCCUGGAGCAAGGAUGGUUGGAGCUUUGUUCCUCUUGACCUGGCGACUGCAAGCAACGAAUCAUCGCUUCCAGUGUCUGGUAGCUGGGAGCAGGGAGCUAGCACUGCGAAGGAGGUUGGUAUCAACUUUACCUUUAGCACACCUGCCAUCAGAGGCCGGAUUGAAUGCAGCCCCCUUGAUGGAUUGCAGAAUCUGUCUUCCUGGCUGACGACAUGGGAUCUGACAAACAAGGCAUUCUGGAGAAACGAAACAAACAUGACAACUGGCUAUGAACUUGGCACGCGAUGGGCGGAUAACGACAACCCAAGCCUGAUCCUCCCAGAACAAGCCGAAUCCGACCUUGACAACUGUCCUGGAUGCACGACCAUGCUGAGCUCCCCAAAGCAGGUGCUGUGCUGUGGCAAUGGAAGCAGUCUCGCCGAAACAGGCAAUGUAGCAUUUGGCUACUGGUCGGCUAAUUCGAAUCCCAAUGAGAGUAACUGGACGCCGCAGGACUGGCAGCAUAACUUCACCACCAAGUGGAUUACUGGAAAUGCCACUCCGAAUCUUCAGAGCGAACUUACUAAAUCCGGUAACGAUCAUCAUUUGAUCUUUGGUGAUAUUCCUUCGAUAUCCGCGCUUAAUUGCCAACCUAUCGUGGAAACAGCCAACGCUACAGUCACAGUCAACCCGAAUACUGGGGAGAUCCGCCAUUUUGAUAUCACCAGCACACCAGAAAUUGCAUCUAGCGCGUUUUCAGACAAUUUUGUCAUUCAUAAUGACAGCCAUUUGAACUCAGCACGCAACUAUGAGUAUAAUAUUACAUUGAGCUAUGGCAACCUCUUUAUGAGUGUCAUUUUGAUCACAGCCGAAACAUCCAACGUCACAGGCACAAGCCGGAUGUCCGGGUGGGGAGUCGAGAAUCUAUUAGAAAACACCUAUAAUUUCCGUGACAACUCCACAGGCCUGAAUAUGGACUACAUGACAUACUCCAUGUUCAGCAUGGCCAACAAGUCUCCAGACGCCCUCCUCAACUCCCAAACAUUAGACGAACUGUCCAAAAAAACCUUCACCACCUUCUUCCAGCAUUUUGUCAGCAAUGACAUCUCCCCCAAAAUAGGCGGCUGGGCCUACCAACCCAUCAAUGCGAGUCUCCCGUCUGAUCUCGCCCCGGCUGUUGAUGAUAUCAUGGGUGGCAAAGCUACCGCCUAUCAAGACGACUUACAUCCUAUCUUACACACGAAGAGGACCGUUUCCGCAGUCGUUUCUCAACGUGUCGAGUUACUUCACAUGAACCCAGCCGCUGUGUGGUUGAGCAUCGCUAUCCUAGGCUGGAUGAUGAUCACAACCGUCAUUGUGGCUAUACUACAGCGACAGUAUCUAGGAAAUAUGCUUCGCAACGUCGGGUGUCUGGCAGACGUUCUAGUUCUCGUUGCGGGAAGUGAUAAUUUAAUGCGUGUUAUGGAGGCGGUACGAUCUGGGAAAUUCUCUGCCAGUGACUAUGAGAAUAUUCACACAAGACUCGGGUGGUUUAUUGGUGGUGAUGGAAAGACCAGAUGGGGAAUUGAAGUGGAGGAAAGGUUUAUGGAUGGACCACAGGUGACGUGGGUAUCUCCAAAGGAUACUAUGACUGAAAAAGGAGGAAAUAAUGUGCAAGUGCAAGCUGUGGAUGGGUGAUGUAUUUACUUUUACCAGUGCAUAAUACGGUAUACUUAAUUGCUGCUUCAUAUAAUACAAGUAUUGACGAACCGAGUAGUAGAACAGAAAUGCAUGCGAAUUUACAUAUUAG